GUCUGCAAACCAUCCUUCCUUCACUGAUGAGGAUGUGAAGCAUUUGAAGCGGUACACAGAAGACCCGCGGAUCAUUUCAAUUUUCGAGUUCGUUCGAAGCUGCACCUCUUGCAGCAGGACUUGGGAAAGGUUGGAACAUGAGCUGGCGUGCCAUAUUGCCGACGGUUUGGGCCAGGACCCCGACCAAAUGGUGAGGUCGCUGGAAAGCUUCUGUCAGGGACCGGUUGAGGAUGAGGGCCCUGAGAUUUCAGAUGGGUUCGUUGGCCGGUUCGGCAAGGGUCAGGUUGAUGAUGCUCGCGCUCAACACACUCAGUGGGAGCCUCAAGUGCUGGAUGUGUACAAAGGUGUGCUCCUCUGUCGCCUUGACCCGGAGUGGCGUGGUGAUGAUGGUGGUGUUUAUGUCGGGCGUGGGGACGUCCACGCCACGUGCUCAGUCUUUUGGGAGUCAUACCGGGAUACUCUGGAUCGUCAGGGAGUAUCUUCAGCGUUAUCUGGGAGGCCCCUGUAUGUCCUGGAGUCAGAGACUGAUGCCGGUCGUGAAGUUGUUGACAAGUUCCAUGUCCAGCCAGGUGAUACUCAGGACAUGAAAAAUCUCCAGGACAAGAUGAUGACUGCUUGGGAGUCAAAUGUGAUGGAUGAUGAUGUCUGGCAUGAGAUCGCCUAUGAGGCUGAGAAGUUUGGUGUCGAGUCUUGGUGCUUUCUUCAGGUUGCAUUGGUGAACUUCUUCUGGUGUGGAUCGAGCCAGGUUCUUGGUCAGGUACUCCCCCACCCAGCGGAGUGGACGCCAAAUCAACAGCAGACUGUUGAUCGCUUUCGGAAUUAUGCCGCGUUGUUCGUCGAGGACCGCGCGCAGAUGGACCUGGGUUCAUGGGAAAUGGCGCGGCAGGAAUUAGGGGACAUGUAUACGGGUCGCGAAGAGCAGAAGGCGUACAAGGUCUCAUGGAAGGCUAUUGCUCCGCAUGUGCCUGGACCGGGAGAGGCCGGUAGGAUUGAUUUGGGGACGACCGUGGAUCCUCUGCUCCGACCUUACGUUGAGGACCCUGAGUUGCUCCGGAUCCCGGAUCAUGAAUUAAGCGAGGCCCCCCUUACGGCCCCAGCGUUGGUGGAGUCUGACUGGGAAUUUGACGUCAUCGUCGAGCACCUGGUAGAGGCUGGGAUGUUUGAACGAGAGGUCGAGGAUGAGACUUUGCGCAUCAAGGGGGUGCCAGUCCCGUAUGCCACUUCAACCGUCAGGGUCCCUGGGGUACGCGCCUUUGUGGGGGAGCAUGACUCUCCUUUCCUUGAGGAUGAAGUGAUUCUAGCUUAUGCAGAAGAUGUUCGGCACUGCUUUCACAUCUUCGCGCCAUCGGCCAAGUGGCGUGGGUACUUUGUCCUCAACAAAUUGGCUCGCGGGUCGUGUUUCAAGGAUGGGCGCCGGGCGCCAGGACGCCCUCGCGUGAAGUCUGCGCCCAUAGGGUGGUCGAACAUUGUUGAUUUUGUUCAAAGCUCGCUUGAGAGAAUGGGGUCCCUCGCCGGAGUUCCUGCUGAGAGGGUCGUUCGAAUGGGAGAGCCCGUUCCACUUCUACCCUUAUCCACGCCUCGUGAGGACUUCUCAUUCUACGUCGAUAAUUUCGAUUCCUUCGAGGUUAUUGCUGCGUCGGACAAGGGGAUCUAUGAAGGUCGGCCUUCAGACUCACAAAUGAAGUUGAGGGAAGUCUUUCAAGUCUGGAAUGUGGAGCGUGACGAGAACAAGUCUGGUUGGGUCGGGUCAUCCCGCAAAUUACGACGUGCCGUGGCAGCUGCAGCAAUCCAUCUGCUCGAGAAUGAGCUGGGCGAGCCUCGAGGUUCCAAGGAACUCCUGUCAGUGGUUGGAAAAGCAAUGCACUCUGUUCAAUUCUGUCGUCCUCUUGGGUGUCUCUUCGAUUGUUUGUAUCGCGAGAUCAACAUGAUGGGGGGCCGGACGGCCAUCACAAUUAUUGCUGAGGACGAGCUACUGAUGAUUGUCAGCAGCUUACCUAUGCAUUGGAUGGACCAGCGGAUGAAAAUCAGCCCUACCGUCUACGCUACAAAUGUCUCGCCUGAUGGUGGUGGUGCGUGUAGCAGCACGGGUUUGUUUGCACGAGGGCGCGCCAAGUGCAGGAUCCUGUGCUCAUCGGAUGAGUUUGGUGGGGGCUGUGACGCAGUGGUGCUGAUCGAAGCUUUUGGUGGGAUUGGAGGUCUCCGGAAGGCUUGCGAGCUGUUGGGGGUCAUGCCGCAGGGGGUCAUUUUUAUAGAGAUGGACCAGACUUGUGUGAAACUUGCGCGCCGGCAUUGCCCCUAUGUUUUGACUGUCGAGGAUAUCCGAAAGGUCACAUUCGAGCAGGUCCUGGAAUGGCGUAGGUUGUUCCCUCGGGCACGCAAAGCAAUUCUCGGAGGAGGUUGGCCGUGUGUGAAUGACAGUCGUCUCAAUGCAGCUCGAGGAGGAGCCGGAGCUGAAACUUCACGGUUGCUUGACAACCUGGUUGAAAUUCGGGGUUGGCUGAAGCAGGCUUCAAGUCGUUUAAAGCUUCCACACUGGGAUGUCGUUGAAAUCUUUGAGAACGUGGUGAUGGAUGACACUGACUUGGAGAUCCAAAGUUCCAUUAUUGGAUAUCCGCCUGUUUUUGCCGAAGCAAGCCAAGUCCUGCGAUGCAGACGUCCCCGACUUUGGUGGAUCAAAGCGUUAUGCCUGGUAGAAGGGGCUGAUUUGAGCGUUGUGGAGGCAAAAACGGCUGGAGGGAUUUUGAAAACCGUCCGCCAUGUUCACAUUGACACUGAACGCCCAGGGCUUGAUUGGUUUCUUCGGUCAGGAGCCCAAAAGUCGGACAAGGUUGACGAACCCUUUUUCUCCUUCUGCCGUCCUCAGGCUAGGGCCGCGCCGCCGCCAACUCCAGCAGGUAUCGAGCAAUGUCCUGACAAAGCUCUUGGACGUUGGAAAGGUGAUGCGUGGCGACUGGCGCCGUACCACUAUCAAGACUCCAACCUUGUUCGAACCAGCGCUGGAGUGCGUCGCCUCCUCGCAGAUGAGCAGCUUCGCAUGCUGGGAUAUCACAGUGACCACUUGGAUCUCAAAAUGAAGUUAACCGAGGAUCAAAGGCAACAACUGGUGGGGAAUACGUGGCCGGUGUUGUUGACAGCGCGAUUGUUGGCAGGGUUGGUUGUGACGUCGGAAGAGGCUAAGGUUCGUGACCUCACCACAGAGCUUUGGAAGGUUGGAAGGCUGGGGAGAACAAGGUCCGUCAAAUCAAGCAUGAUUCUUGGUCUCAACGAUUCGGGCGGAGGUGUGUCGCGGGAACCUUGCUGUGCGUGUUAA